AUGGGCCCUUACGAUACUGUGCUCCCUGCGGACGCCGUCGAGUUUUGUCCACAUCCUGCCGCCACCGAUAUCUUCGCCGUCGGCACUUAUAAGCUCGAUGAUCCUCCCGCCAAGAGUGACAGUUCUACGGGCGUCGGCACGCCGUCAAUCCUUACGCCGGCCUCAGAAGAGCCACCUGCUAUCUCGUCGGGAACGACGCAAACACGGCAUGGGAAGUGCCUCUUCUUCCGUGUGAAUGGAGAAGCGGAUGGGGCUUUUGAACCUUUGUCCGAUUUUUCUUUACCUGCUGUCCUGGACAUGAAAUGGCUACAUACGACGGAAGAUCGUCAGCCCGUACUGGCAAUCGCCGACUCCGAAUGCAACAUUACUCUCGCCGAGUGGAACAUCGAAGUUAGCCAAGUAGAAGCGCGGACAUCUGUCGUUUGCGGGUCCUCAAACGUGCUUUGUCUAUCUAUCGACUGGAAUAACAGAAGAGAUCCGACCAGUUCAAUGGCCUCGCUGAUUGUCUCACUGUCUAACGGAAAGCUUGCCUUACUACGACCGGACCCGGUAAAUGGUCUGUCCGUGGAGGAGGCAUGGCACGCACACGACUAUGAACCAUGGGCGGCGGCAUGGGAGUGUUGGGAUCACAAUCUUGUCUACUCUGGAGGUGACGACCUCAAACUCAAGCUUUGGGACAUUCGAGCAGGUUGUGAUCAGCCAGUGCAAAUCAAUAGACGGUUCGAUGCCGGUAUUACGUCAAUACAGAGCCAUCCACACAUCGAGCAUGUCAUUGCCGUAGGAAGCUACGAUAACACCGUUCGUUUGUAUGACAGACGCAAGCUGACCACUCCUAUGACCCAAGCUGAAGUCGGUGGUGGCGCGUGGCGCGUGAAAUGGAACCCGUCGCCUAAACGGACUCAUGAUCUACUAGUCGCCGCGAUGCACGACGGAUUCAAGGUCGUUAAGUUCCAUGAUAUGUGGACGAAAGAGGACACGCCGCCCGUCUUCUCCGAGAAAUGGGAUGUUAUCGAGCGGUUUGAUAAGCACGAGAGCCUGGCCUAUGGUGUUGAUUGGUCCUAUGCAACUGGCGUGGAUGAGCGCGGCCAGGGACUCAUCGCGAGCGCGUCCUUCUAUGACUGCGUUCUGCACACCUGGCGAGGCUGA